CAUUCGUGUGACCCGGAGCCACUGAUAGCGCGGAGCUGCACGCGACCGAGGGGUAGGGCUCCCGCUCUUCCACCUCCACGUUCGAUUAGGACAGAAAUAACGCGCUCUUGUUCGAGGUCUGGGAUUAAAGCGAAGAUACGGACCUGUAAAUGAGAAUGGCAGAUACCAUGGGCUUUUCGAUGUCGGAUCUGGACAGACAAAUAGAACAGCUCCGUCGCUGCGAGAUUAUCAAAGAGAGCGAGGUAAAAGCUCUAUGCGCCAAAGCUCGAGAAAUCCUCAUCGAAGAGAGCAAUGUUCAAAUCGUCGACGCACCCGUCACGGUGUGUGGAGACAUCCAUGGCCAGUUCUACGAUCUCAAGGAGCUGUUUCGGGUCGGGGGCGACGUUCCUGAUACGAAUUAUCUUUUCAUGGGUGAUUUCGUCGAUCGAGGUUUCUACUCCGUGGAAACAUUCCUGCUUUUGCUUGCCCUGAAAGUAAGAUAUCCAGACCGGAUCACCCUGAUACGGGGGAAUCACGAAAGUCGACAAAUCACUCAAGUUUAUGGCUUCUACGAUGAAUGUCUAAGGAAGUACAACAGUGUCACCGUUUGGCGAUAUUGCACGGAAAUUUUCGACUAUUUGUCUCUAUCGGCCAUCAUAGACGGUAAAAUAUUCUGCGUGCACGGUGGUUUAUCACCAUCGAUUCAGAGACUUGAUCAGAUUCGCACCAUUGACCGGAAACAAGAAGUUCCUCAUGAUGGUCCAAUGUGUGACCUCUUAUGGUCUGACCCGGAGGAGACUCAAGGAUGGGGCGUCAGUCCGAGAGGCGCAGGGUACCUUUUCGGAAGUGACGUCGUGCAGCAAUUCAAUGCCACAAACCAAAUCGAUAUGAUAUGUCGAGCGCAUCAGCUCGUUAUGGAAGGCUAUAAAUGGCAUUUCAACGAAUUAGUCCUGACUGUAUGGUCAGCACCCAACUACUGCUACAGGUGCGGCAAUGUUGCGGCUAUACUGGAGCUGGACGAGUACCUUCAACGGGAUUUCACGAUAUUCGAAGCGGCGCCCCAAGAGAGUCGAGGCAUUCCCACGAAAAAACCUCAACCAGAUUAUUUCUUAUAAACACGGCUCCCUACGGAACGAGCACGAGCAGUGGGCCGAAGUCCAGCCACAUUUCAAGGGAGAGUAUAAGCCGCCUCGCACAAUCCAUGUGGCACUCCUGCCAGGGUCCACAAAUACGGUCGACACGGGGAGUUCGAUUCGGGAAGGGAAGAUCUUUUCGGGCACAUCUAUCUUCCGAAUCGCUACUCAAACAUUUCCUCAAGUUCGGCAUCUGAUGCACUUGUUCCACGACUCGUUUGUAAACAAAUUCAACAUCAAUAAAGAAAAUAA